UGUAUUCAUUGCUUGGCCCAGGGCUAUUGCUGAAGACACCUGCUUAAUAUACUGCAUGGUGGCACUGAACCUAAAACUUCAUUGGCUGCUAAGUGGACGUCUUGACCAGAGGGUUAUGCAUUUCUGUGUCCCUCUACACAUCCCAGCCUGUACAGAUGCUGGUGAGAUGGUGCGUUCUUUUGUUGGUGGUUUAGAAUUAAUCGUGAAUCUACUCAAGUCAGACAACAUCGAGGUGUUGGCUAGUGUAUGUGCUGCCAUUGCAAACAUUGCCAAAGAUGAGGAGAACCUAGCUGUCAUUACUGACCACAAUGUUGUACAGAUGUUAGCAAAUCUUACAGAUACAACCAACGACCGACUACGCCAGAAUCUGGCUGAGGCGAUUGCACGCUGCUGCAAUUGGGGUCACAACAGAGUGUCUUUUGGUAAUCACAACGCUGUGGCACCACUAGUGAAAUACCUACAAUCCAGCCAAGAAGAUGUCCACCGUUCUACUGCCAGAGCUCUUUACCAAUUAUCGAAGAAUGCCAAUAAUUGUAUCAUAAUGUACGAAGCUGGAGUUGUCAAGCCACUUAUGAAGAUGGUCGGAACCACAGAUAUCAGUCUACAGGAAGCUGCUGCUGGUUGUAUUGGUAACAUACGUUGCCUGGCUCGCACUAAUGCAAACUGGUCAAGCUGAGCCACAUUGCAUCAAAAAUGCAGUUCAACAAUUUCAUUUGUUCUUACAUGUUAACUUGAAAAUUAAGCAAAUAAAGCUGAAAGAUUUAACCUUUCUUUUAAAACACACAA